AUGGAGGAGUGGAGCCCCACCUCGCAUGGAGGAGUGGAGCCCCACCUGGCAUGGAGGAGUGGAGCCCCACCUCGCAUGGAGGAGUGGAGCCCCACCUGGCAUGGAGGAGUGGAGCCCCACCUGGCAUGGAGGAGUGGAGCCCCACCUCGCAUGGAGGAGUGGAGCCCCACCUCACAUGGAGGAGUGGAGCCCCACCUCACAUGGAGGUGGGGCUCCCACCUGGCAUGGAGGAGUGGAGCCCCACCUGGCAUGGAGGAGUGGAGCCCCACCUGGCAUGGAGGAGUGGAGCCCCACCUGGCAUGGAGGAGUGGAGCCCCACCUCGCAUGGAGGAGUGGAGCCCCACCUGGCAUGGAGUGGAGCCCUACCUGGCAUGGAGGAGUGGAGCCCCACCUCGCAUGGAGGAGUGGAGCCCCACCUGGCAUGGAGGAGUGGAGCCCCACCUGGCAUGGAGGAGUGGAGCCCCACCUCGCAUGGAGGAGUGGAGCCCCACCUGGCAUGGAGGAGUGGAGCCCCACCUCGCAUGGAGGAGUGGAGCCCCACCUCGCAUGGAGGAGUGGAGCCCCACCUCGCAUGGAGGAGUGGAGCCCCACCUGGCAUGGAGGAGUGGAGCCCCACCUCGCAUGGAGGAGUGGAGCCCCACCUCGCAUGGAGGAGUGGAGCCCCACCUGGCAUGGAGGAGUGGAGCCCCACCUGGCAUGGAGGAGUGGAGCCCCACCUCGCAUGGAGGAGUGGAGCCCCACCUCGCAUGGAGGAGUGGAGCCCCACCUGGCAUGGAGGAGUGGAGCCCCACCUCGCAUGGAGGAGUGGAGCCCCACCUCGCAUGGAGGAGUGGAGCCCCACUUGGCAUGGAGGAGUGGAGCCCCACCUGGCAUGGAGGAGUGGAGCCCCACCUCGCAUGGAGGAGUGGAACCCCACCUCGCAUGGAGGAGUGGAGCCCCACUUGGCAUGGAGGAGUGGAGCCCCACCUGGCAUGGAGGAGUGGAGCCCCACCUCGCAUGGAGGAGUAG